AUGGACGGCCUCAUGAGGAAGUAUGGCAUCAUACACAAAGUCGCCACGGCCUACCACCCUCAGACAAACGGCCAAGCUGAGGUUUCUAACCGGGAAAUCAAACAUGUGUUGGAAAGGGUUGUGAAGCCGAAUCGGAAGGAUUGGAGCGCUAAAAUCUCCGAUGCACUAUGGGCAUAUCGAACGGCUUACAAAACACCCAUUGGCAUGAGCCCCUUUAGGCUUGUAUAUGGUAAAGCAUGCCACUUACUGGUAGAAAUCGAACACAAAGCUUAUUGGGCAAUAAAGGAAUGUAAUAUGAGCUUGGGUGGAGCCGGAGUAGAGAGAAAGCUUCAAUUAGCGGAAUUGGAAUGCUUAAGAUGA